AGCAACAGAAGUCUCCCUCUCUCUCGCCAGAGAAAAGGGGUGUACCAGUCAGCCAGAGCCCAGAGACAGGUGUGGGAUCCCGAUCGAGGCCGAUCCGAUCGCCAGAUCCGCCGCCCUCCGUGCCGAUCCAGGCGUCCUUCCACCGCCCCUCUUCCUCCUCUCUAAGCCUCGUCCUCGUCGUUCGCUCGAGCGGAGAUCCGCCCUGACUCGGGAUUGAUUUCUUCUAUUGCCGGCUCCAUGGAUAAGCAGGAGCCAGUAGUUGAUGCUGAACAAAAGAUUGUUCUUGCUGAGAAGCCUAAAGAACAGCCUGUUCCCAGUAAGGAUGAGAAAACAAUUGUGCCCCCAAUUUCAGUUGAUUCAAAUGCUAUUGAUCUACCUAGUGAAGGACAAGCCCCAGCUGGCACAUCCAACACAGAUGGGGACCAUAAUCCACACAACUUUUAUGCUUCUCAGGCACAGCCAUUCUAUUACCAAGGUUCAGGAUACAAAAACACUCCACAUGAGUGGGAUGCAUAUCCUCCUUACAUGAGUGUUGAAGGAUUGGAAGUGAGUCCAACAGUUGUAUACAACGAGGACCCUUCAUUGAUGUUCCAUGGUGGCUAUGGCUAUGACCCAUAUGCUCAUUAUUCUCCUAUUGCAACACCUGUACCGGCUAGUGUUAGUGGAGAUGGUCAGCUCUACUCCCCUCAGCAGUUCUCCUUCUCGGCUCCUUACUACCAGCAAUCAGUACCACCUGGCAUGCCAUAUUUAAGCUCUCCUACUCCAAUAUCACAGGGUGAGACUAUGAUGCCGAUUGACCCAACACAAGGAGCUUUUAUCGCAGAUACUCUGAGUCCAAACAGCUUCCUUUUUGGUCCAAGACCUGAAUGGUUCAGAUCAUCAGAAGGAACCGGGUCAUUUCCAUCACCUGCAGCUUCACCUCAACCUGCUGGUGGCUUUUCAGGGGCCUUUGGCCAAAGCAACUUUCCAAUGGCUCCUGGAAUGUUUCAGCAGUCGCCUCACCAGGAGCCCUUCUAUGGUUUUGGACCCCCCACUGACUCCUAUGGACGAGGGUUCUCUCAUGGUGGGGUUUUCCCACAGGCCAAUAAUUAUGGAGGUUCCUUCCCUAGCUUUGGCCUUAAUGGUAGAAGUUCCAUAUCGAUCGAGAAAGCGCGCAUGAGAGGAAGGGAUAAUGCUCUUAUUUGCAGCUGCAAUGGUUCACUUGGCUUUCUCGAUGAGCAGAGUCGGGGCCCACGUGCUACUAAGCCUAAGAAGCAACCAGAGGGUGGCAGUAUGGAUGAGAAACCUUCUACAGGAGUUGGUCGUGAGUUAUACAACAGGCCUGACUUUGGUACAGAGUACACGAAUGCCAGAUUUUUCAUCAUAAAAUCUUACAGCGAAGAUAAUGUGCACAAGAGCAUCAAAUAUGGUGUUUGGGCUAGCACCACAAAUGGAAACAAGAAACUGGACUCAGCCUACCGCGAAACUAAGGAGAAGGAAGAGCACUGUCCCGUUUUUCUGUUGUUUUCGGUGAAUGCUAGUGCACAAUUCUGUGGCGUUGCAGAGAUGAUUGGACCAGUAGACUUUGAGAAAAGUGUGGAUUACUGGCAGCAAGAUAAGUGGACUGGUCAAUUCCCUGUUAAGUGGCACAUAGUGAAGGAUGUCCCAAAUAAUCUCUUCCGCCAUAUAAUUCUUGAAAACAACGACAAUAAACCAGUAACUAACAGCCGGGAUACACAGGAGGUGAAACUAGAACAAGGACUGGAGAUGCUGAAAAUCUUUAAGAAUCAUGAUGAUGAUGCGUCAAUCCUUGACGACUUCGACUUUUAUGAGGAGCGUGAGAAAGCCCUGCAGGAAAACAAGGCACGCCUGCAUCAGCAACAUCGACCAAGUUCUAUUGUUGUUGAGCCCAAGAAACCCUUGGCUGUGCCCACUGACCUGGUGGGCCAUAUCACUAAGAGUUUUGCUCAGGCUGUGCGGCUAGGUGAGGCCAAGACUGUAAGCCCUUCGGCUGAGAAAGUUUCUGCGGGCAAUUCAUCUAUUCCUGUGAAGCCUGUCGAAGUUAAGGAUAGUGGUUUAUCGUAGAACCUCUUGAUUAAUGUGAUUGGGCUGUACUCAAAAUAUAAUCCAUAUGCUUCCUCAUCAAAACGAUGGGGCACAUAUACAGAUGGCUGUUGCUGCUGAAAACUAAAACAUCGGCAAGGAUGGCUUCUUGCGCUGGUCAAGCAUGUACACUAGGAUAGAUCUUUGCCAACCUUGGAUGGAAGCUUAGUUUCUUGAAUAGCUUCUCUUUCUUUCUUUUUUCCCUUCUUUUUGUUUCCUUUCCUCCUUUGUCCUUAGUAUUUCUCACCUUCUCUUUGCAUGAUUCCUUAGUGGCUAGCCUUAAAUAGAGCUGCAGUUUUUGUGCAAGCCUCUGUAAAUUUCCCUAUUCGAUCGCAUAUGAAUAAGGCCAUUUUACUUACUUUUGAGUAAAAUCCUCUUUUAUCUACUGUCCUGUGACUUCUAUUGUUUUGGUAAUGCUUAGCUCGAUCUCUG